CAGCUGGCACCACACGGGCUCGGCUUCUUUGUCCCCUUACAACGCCGGCCGCCCUGCUGGACACACCCAGCCACAGCAUGCACAGGCUGCCACUGCUCCGACUGGACACUCAGAGCCCUGCUGCCAGCCUCACAGAGUCUCUGCCCGAGAGUGUGUGGCAGCGAAGAGUGAAGUCCUGGCGAGGUGAUGGCCAGUCCUCAGCAUCACUGUCCUCACCCCACACUAGCAGCACCAGCCGGACCGGCCGCACCAGAAGCCCCUCUCCAUCUCCGGGGUCGCCACGGAAACCUGGGCGACAGACCUCAGGAGGUAAAAGAAGAAGCAGAUCCAGUGGCUGGGUUCUUGAUGAAGACCUCAGCCAAUCGGAUGCGGAGGAUCUGCUUGAUGAUGGCACUGAAGAGGACCUCGGCCAAUCAGGGACGGGGAAGGACGGGUCCCCCACCCCAGCAGUCUUGUGGCGGUGCUACGGACUCAGAGGUGGAUGAGGUGUUGUGCAGGAGGUCCAUCUCUCCCCACAGUGGGGGUAGAGCAGAUCAACACAGGCCCAACACAGAGGUGUGAAGAUGUGUCUAAGCAUACUCAACGCCAUUGUAGUCCUCCGUCUGGGCAAGACAGCCAGUCAGCGCUGCUGCUCUUCACAUGAAACUCUCCUGGUGCUGAGUGUGUGUGUGUGUGUGUGUAUCUGACUGGGCGAGCCAGCCGGUCAGCAUAGAAAACUCUCCUGGGGAAUGGGGGCGUGUAUGACACCAAGGGUGCUCUGUAUGUGUGUGUGUGUUGGUGGAGUUCAUUCUCUUCAUCAGAAACCUCCAGGGAAUCAUUGGUCACAGAGGCACUGCUUGAAGCAUCGUACAUUGUAUCUGUUUGUGUGUGUGAUACAUUGUAUUCAUGACAAUAAUUAUUGUGUGAGAAUUAAAUGGAAAUAAAC